UAUUUUGGCACUGUCAUUGGCCUUUUGGGUUUGGUGUGUAUGUGGCCUAUGGCGCUUCUGCAGCCAGCCCCUAAUGGGCACUUAGGGAACUGCAGUUUUUAGCAUUGGCUUUAUUUGUCUGACUGGAGGUCACAAGACUGCUGUUUGAUAUGGAUGCAUAUCUGCUCCGGGCCGAGACCACAAGGAAGACGUUUGAACAUUAUUCUUUUGAUAUUUGGCUCUUUCUUGGACUGUACUCUAAAACAUCUGACUUCAUUUUCUGGUUAAUUCUUAACUGUGAACUCAGAUCAAGAACAAAUUAUUAACUGGUUUGAAAACACAGAGUUACUUGAGGAUAACUUCCUUCAAGAAUAUGGACCUGUAUGAACUUUUCAGCGCAGGUCAAAAAUUCAAACCAAAGGUACGAAACUAACGGCCCAAACGCAUCACUCUGACGUCAGGCCGGCAAAGAGACGUGGCACGCGGACGGUUAAAUGAUCAGAGCCGUUGGUGGUGAGCGAGCUGUCGCUCAGUUUCAUUCAACGGGGAGGAAGUAGUGAGGAAGUUACGGCACCGCGGAAUAAUUACACUUAUUCAGGACCAGGAAAAAUGGCUUCAAAUAACGGCUCGGUCGGCAAAUGGGAGGUCGUAAGGAAAGGGAAGAAAAGCAGCAGCUCGGGAGGAGGCAAGAAUCCGACUGAGAAGAAGAGUGGCAGCGGGGGACGGAAAGCCCUGGGAGAGUCUAACCAGCCAUCUAGACGUGAGUGAACACGGCCCGGUGUAGACUGCUGCUCUAUGACCCAUUUACCUCACCGAAAGAGUUAAUUUACAGGAGAAGGAUAGGGCUACCUGUGCUGUUAUUUUCCCACUUUGCUAACGCUCGACUUUUAGUGUUUUCGUGAAAUAAUAUCUGUAAGGUUGCCUCAUUACUGCCACCUGAUCUGACAAGCUAGCAAGCGUAGCAUAGCAUCGCGCACAAUCUUUACUUCCUACGACAAUUUUUGAGUCCAGUUUCGUGUUUUACCAUUAUAGUUCCGUCUCUUGCUGUGUAUCCAGUCCUAAGAAAUGAUUUCAAAAAUACUGUCCUGAGCUUGAGGUAAGUUGGGUGAAAUUGUCAGUAGGCUAAAAUGUGCUAGCAGCUUUUGAAGCGGUGUGUCAACACAGGCAACGUCAUCACUGAGGAGCUGAAACUCUGAAGCAUGAAUAAACAGCUGAGUGACCGAUAUGUCUUUCUGUAACACUUCAAAAAAUAUUCCCAGAGUGUUUUUAGUAUAAAGCGGAGCCAUUUUACACAGUCAAGUCUUUUAAGGUCAAUGAGGAUGUCAGUUAAGUCUUCAGAGACAGCUGUCACCCUUCUGAAGUAUUAUUUGAAGAUCAGAUGAUUUAAAUCCCACGUUUUCUCUCGCCAAAAAGGUUGGUGAUAUUAUUUUUUCUGUUUUGUUGUCACUAAACGUGACUCAAAAAGAAUAAAUAGCUAUUGAGUAAAUUCCGAAGCACUCAUAUGUGUACCCCAUUAUGAUAAAUACAAGACAUUUACUGCUUCCAUAAAGAUAACUGCAAAUGUGCAUUAUAUUGCCCUUGAAAAUACUCCUUAAUAGUGCUCUUGUUCCCCCAGUUCAAGUAAAACUUUAUUCACUCUUCAGCCCCAACUCAUUUAGAACUGAAUUUGAAGCAUACAUUUCUUUUUUAGGCUUGCUCCUGAGUUUGAAAUCGCUUGACUAAGUUAUUUAGACAGUGGCUACCUGAUCACUUGAGACUUUUUGCACACCUCAGCUGUGUGAGCUGCCAAAUUCUGGUUUAUUCAGCAACAAACCUUUGCUUGUAUAUGCUUUCCUGUACCUUUGUAACUGCUUUGAUUGCUUGUGUAUUACCUCUUAUUUUUUCCUGUUUAACUUCAUAUUCUUAUCAUUCAUUUUCACCAGAGCCCUGAUAGGCAUUGCAAAUUAGUGAGCUGUAAAUUGUCCAGCACAAUUUAAAAUCAGAAUCAUUUUAGUAUGCUGUAGAUUGUAUAAACAAGUGUACAUACCCUAUACUUACCUCACAGAAUACAUGAUCACAGCCUUAUUGUUGGCUGUGUCUAAGUGGUGGUGGACUGAGUUGUUGUUGGUCCUGCAUCGAUAUCAGCGGAAGGCAUAGAAACUGCUGCACGGAGUGAACUUGGGGCCAAAUGCAUCCUCGCAGCAGUGAGUGGGUGGUUGAUUCGGAGAUGCGUCCUUAAGUUAGAAGUGUUUCCAUCUCUCGCGGUCACCUUUUUAUCAUUACUAUUUACUUCCAAUUAUUACCAUAUUUCUAAAACAAACAAACAAAAAACCUCUAUUUUGCUUGCUGUCUUAUUUCACUCUCUUACUCGACUCUUCUUUUCUCCCUCGCCCCUGGCAAAGUUGCUGUGUUGGUGGCACCGUUCAAGAUUACCAUAAUAAAUACCAUACUUCAUAUAUUGACAGAAAGCACAGAUGCUCAGCCAUCUGUCAGUGUUAGAAUUUUUUAGAUCGAGCAAACUUUCAAGGAGUUACAGUAUUGAGAAGCUGUGUAGCGCUCUGCCGUUACUUCCUGUGUUUGCAAUGACUGCCUACCUCAUAUGAUUACGACUACCGUAGUAGAUCCUAUAUAGGCACUAGGGCUGGGCAAUAAAAUGAUAACGAUAUAUAUAUCGAAUUUUAAUUUCCCUCUAUAUCAAUAUAAAACAUGGUCAAUAUGCUUUUCGAUAGUUGGCAUUCUGCGAUUUUUUGGUAGACUAUUCAAAUAGCCAAUGAAAAGGAGAGUUUCUCCAGGCCCACUUCCUGCUGAACCAGUCAUGUGCUGAAGUUGAACCAAGUAGCAAACAACUGCGUAGUAGCAGGCUGCAGCUGCAUGCAACCAUAGCAAUUUAACAUGUGAAGCUGACAGCACUGUUGGUGAGAAAAAAAGAAAAUGAGUGCUACUCCCAGCAGAAAUGCAGAUGAAGGCUAAACAGAUGAUGAUAUCUUUGAAAACACUGGCACGAAAAUGUAAUGUGCGCUGCAAAUUAUGUCAAGUGCAUGUUAUGGCAGAGUCGGAAUAUCUCUUUUUUCCAGCUGAAGCCAUGCCACACAGCAGAGCACGUGCAUCCCGUGCGCACCCAGAGCAGAGCAAGGAGCCCAUGGCGCCUAAGCAGCCGACCCUUCAGUCUGCUUUCUCCAGCGCAACACCUUAAGACAAAAUGUCGAAGAGACACAAAGACCUCAUAGAUGCAGUAGCUUACUAUUUUGCAAAAGACAUGCUACUAAUAAGGACUGUUAAAUUAGAAUUUUUUUUUAUCGUGAUAUAUAUCGAUAUCAACUGAUAUGAAAAAAAUAUAUUAUGAUAAAACUUUUCCCAUAUCACCUCGCCCUAAUAGGCGCAGCUUUCCAACACCGCUUAAAUCUUUCUGAUCAGACAAACUUUGACGGAAUUACGGUAAUAGCACUCCGGGCACCAACCAACCGCAGGCCUCUAUCAGAAAAACCUUGAAAUCAGUAACACCGAAGAAGAGAUAAAGGUGGAUCAGCUCAAAGCCGUAUCCCCUAAUGCAGUGAUUUGUCAAGUAGAAGCCCCCCCCCAAAAAAGGGGUGUAUAAAUGAACUCGGCAGAAGUUAAUAUUGCUGUAUUAUGAAUCCAUUUCUGGAUAAUUUUAGAGAAUUUUCUGAUAUUUUCAGAAACUUGAUUCUAGACUCGUGACCUUAAAGCCAAAAUCAUCAAAAUAAUUUAACUCAUAUGAAAGUUUACCUUUGUUAAUGAAAUUAUUAAAGAAAAUAACUUCCAGAAUAUUCCUGUUCAAAACUCUAGGUCAAGAGAAGCUAUUUCGAAACAUUUAGGCUGCUUUGCUUGCAUGGUAAAGUGUGCAACUGUCCUUUAGUUCUUGAACUCAACAUGCCCCUUGAAGGUCUGGGUCUAACAUGUGCCAGUUAAUUCAGCACCACCACUUGCUGCCAAUAUAAUCUGAUAUCAGCUAAUAAAGAAAGUGCUUAAAGGUGUCACUUUUUUAAAGGUGUGUUUAAAAAAGUGUCAGUAACCUCAGUAACUCUGGCAGCACACUGUGAUGAUGCCUUAUUGUCCUAGUGCAAUUACAGAUCCGUGAUGGAGAGUUUGGUUUACACUCAGCAUACUUGACAUUUGAUGAACUAGGUGCAAAGUACCAUCAAGUACUACGCCCUCCCCACAGGUAUGUUUAAGACCUAAAUCAUGGGUGACAGAGGAGAUUAGAUCUGACUCUUCCACUGCUGUUUGUUUAUGCUCCGGUUUUAUCAGCAAGUCAGCCCGUCCAAAGUCUUCCUGCCUGAUCCCAAUGACCAUAACUAUGUCUAGUGUGGUGUUAAGGUUUAGAUUAAAAUGAAUUCUCUCCUUUCGGGCUCUUUAAUUUCCCUGCUGUAUAAUAUGUUUUUAAGUCUUCCCGCUCUCACUUUAAAAGUGCUCUUCAGCUUCAACAUGCUUCUUAAAUAUUUGAUCCAGACUAUAAUGAUAGAAAAGAUUGAUUUAAAAAUCAAUAAGGCUUUUUUUUCAUCUUCUAAAACAACCUGAGCACUUGGAUCAUGAGACCGUAACUGUUGAGUUUGUGGUUUUUCUCCUGUUGGGAAAAAGCCUCUAGCCAUAAGUUUAUCUUCUGGCUUCUGUGUUUGUGAGAGCAGGCUUUAAGAUCUGUAUGCCUGGUGUCAUGUAGACAGCACAGAGCAAAUUUGAUCCUUUUAGUGUCUGACUUUGAUUGGAAUAGUUUCCAAUUGUUCAGAUAAAAUAACUUAACUGCUGAGAUGAUCCUUGUUCUUAAAUCACUCAGACACAUAAAAGAAAAUCUUGAAUACAUCUUCCUUUCUUGUUGUGUGUUGAAGACCCAUGCCUCCAAGAGGACAUAUGUGUUAGACAGCUGUAAUUAUACUGUAUCCACUGGACAUGGUUCACACUACAUGUCUGGACAUGUUAUGGGAUAUAUCUGACAAGGGCUUCUCUUUAAAGAGUGGCGAUUUUUCAAGUCCAAUAAGUUAUUUCAAUGCUGCAAACUUUCAGGAUACCUUAGCUUACAAAGGGUAAAAGAUGUCCAAUGAUUUACAAACUGUAUUUUUUAACAUGAAGAGCUGAUGGACUUUUGACUUAAUAGAAACUUUAAAACUCUGAAGUCUACUGUUAGAAUCACUGCAGGAAUCAUAUGGUAGGAUAUCAUCAUACAGGGUUUCUGAUUAAAUUUGUAACAUGAUGCACCUAUGAACUCAAUAUUUUUUUAAUCUUGCAGUUAAACCAUGCAGUAUGUUCCAGGAGUUUUCUUUAUCAUGUCAUAAGUAUGCAGGGCUCUCAAGUCUCACGCAUUCCCACACGCUCACACACCACACAUUGUAUUUCUCACGCAUUUAAAUGAACAUGGUGACUUCCCCCAAGUUGCACCUCUUUAACUAGGAAUCAAGUGAGUUCCUCCAAGAGUUCAGAAGCUGCGUGCCACGCGCAAGCCAAUUAAAUAAAGUAUAUCUACUGAACAACCAAUCAAAAAGCAGUAUUGCUGUAUCCGGGUAGAUUUUGAUUUGAUUUUGACAGACACUCGCCGAAUUAGAGCAGGUUUUUAUAAGGACGAGAAAGAACCGAUGAUUACAGUAAGUCAGUAACCUACACAUGCAGAGACCUCAACACCUCAUGGCAGAUAAACUCAUAUGAUAAACUAAAGCCCUAUGCUAUUGCUAUUAACAGCUGCAUUGAUGAAUUUAGCCUCUGUACAGACAUUUCCAGCCAUCCCCCCCACAAAGGAACAUUUCUCAUAUAUUCUUUUUAAAGUUCUGAUACUCAUGACAGUGUAACACGCAUGUACCAAAGGAUUGAGUAUCUCCAUGUUUGUGAAACCUAUACUAAAGUACAAUUCAUCUAAAUGCUCCACAGUGCUGAUUUUAACAACUCUCCUCCACAACACGUAACUUUACGACUGUAUUCUUAUAUAUUAAUGACUUUAUUCUCCUAAAUAAUAACUUUAUUCUCGAAGAUUUAAAAACGUUUUUUUUCUUAAUGUGGCCCUCAUACUCCGUUGUAUUUAAACGGAAGGAAAUCUCACUCUAAGCUUAGUUCAAAACUUGAGAGCCCUGGGUAUGUCUUCAUAAGAACAGACAUGAACAUGGGAUUUUGAUUAUCAUUGCAGUAUAUACAGAAACAAAAACUUGAUCUUCCUAGAAAGCUGUGCCCUGUGCUGACUGUUGUGUGUUGUUGAGACAUGCCUCGCUCUGUUUCUGUAUGUGAAGCAUCCUGUCAGCUAUUCUUCUGCUGGUGUGAGAAUCCAGUAGAGUCCACCCAACCCAGCAACAGGGCUUUACAGAGAAAUGAACAGCUACUCACAUUACACCUCCGUUUGCAGACUGCUGGUCUGGAGUUUCUCCUACAUCUACUCAUUUACAGAUCUCUCUACAUUAGACUCUGAGCAGUGCUGUGAGUGGAGAACUUGAACUCUAAUAGAUUGUAGGGGUGGGAAUCACUAGUGGCCCAACGAUACGAUAUUAUCGUGAUACUUGGGCCACAAUACUACAUUAUUGGGUUUUUUCACAUUUUGCAAUACAGUGAGUAUUGCGAUACAGUAUAUUGUAGGGAUGUGCGCGGUUAUUCGGAUAUUCGUGUAAAUGGGGCUGUCCUUAAUAUCCGGUUAGUAAAUAAUAUUUGUUUAUUCCAUAAAAUUAAAAAAAGAAAAAAGCGAAAAAAGCUCUUUUUUUAUCUCGUUUUUACCAUCGUGUCUUGAUAAAAGAGUGCAUUAAACAAGCUAAAAUUUGUGGAUCAUUUGCGUGCGACUCUUUCUGCCUGUCUCGCUGCUCUGGGCUCACAGCACUGGCCUGCAGCAUGCAUGGCAUCGUGGGUUAACUUCCUUACAGUGAAUCAACACAUGCGAUCAGCCAGAGCGUUGUCGGUCAGAAAAAAGAGCAAAGUUUGGGAGUAUUUUGAUUAAUGUUGUCUGACUCUGAAGAUUUCAUUUUGUGCUUAUGGUGUGAGGCAGGCCAAUUACGCAGCAGGCUGCUUGGCUUGAGCGCAGUGGAGCAGAGCUUAAUUUCUUUGAUCUUUCACGUACUUUAUGUCAUUCUCCAGCGCUAAAAUAAGAUUCUGUAACAUAUUUUAAUAUUAUAAGCAUGGCUUUCAUGUACUCUUAAUAUUUAUUUCAGAUGAUAUCUGGCCAUAUAGAUCGACGUGCUCAGUUUUGGGCUAUUUUCUGGGAGUUAAUUUUUGUGUAUUCGAAGAUUUGGUUUCAAAAUGGUUGUUUAACCGUCAGUGAAUUUAACCUGGGAACAUCCCUAGUAUAUUGCAAUUUAUAAUUUUUUUUUACUCUUUAGCUAAUUUAGCAUUUGUCUUUCCUGUAUGUUUGUCUUAUUUACACUGUAUUUUGUUUUUAUGUAGCACAUCUGACAAACCUCCUGUGUCAGGUCCAUCUCAUUUGUGCUCUGCUAGUGUCUUUCCCCAGGUGCUGCUUUAUUUGUUGUACUAAAUUUUUCCUGCUCUAUGAUGUCACUUCUGCCAAGCUCACUGGACAAACAGUUGAUUUUAUUUUUCCCUUAUCAUAGAUUUGACUCCAUAUUAGCAAUUAAUUUGAAAAAAUCGAUACUUGGUCAAUAAGACAUACGAUAUAUCACCAGACAAAAUAUCGUGAUACUAUGCUGUUUUGUGAUUUCCCACCCCUAAUAGAUUGCUGUCAGAAUUUGUCCCUUUUGUACUUUUUUCUGUUUUUAUACAGUUUUUAUGGUAAGUGCAAAAAGAAAAAAAUGGGUGAAAGGGCCUGACCUCUAAGUCAUCCUCUUUCAUAACAGUGUGCCAUGAAAACUGGUAUUUAACUGUCUCAGCUGGUGCAACCCUUAUAAUGUAAACAGUGUAAACUAAAUGUUUAGCUGUAUUUUAAAUUAAGCAGAGUUAGUGCAACCUAUUUUUUAGCUUUAUGUAAAAAAUCCAUGAAUCUCAACUUUCUAAGAACAGUAACCUGAAAAUAUGAAUAUGAAUAGGUAACCCUAGAGGACAAAAAGGCACCUCUUUAGUUAACUAGUGUUAUUGGAGGCGGGGGAUACUGGCCUGAUAAUCGGCCAAGGCUGAUUGGUCUAUCCUGAAUCCACUCUGCUUAAUCUUUCUUUCUUUCUUCAGCCCUGAGGGCAUCCUGUUCUGUCUGGUUAAUUCCCUGUGUCAUCAAACACUUGCUCUAAUAAUGGUCCACACAGCAUCAUAAUAAUGACAACAAUACUGACAACUUAAUUUCAGCUGCUCGUUGUCAUCUUAAUCCAAACAGUCAUAACACAAGUCCUCAGGUCAGUCGUUUUCAUGUAAUGUAUUUACAUUCAGUUCAGUUUUUUUUUCCUCCUUGAACUUUCUUCAACAUGUUGCGCUUGUGCGGCACUCUUCUUUGUCUUGUGAUGUUUGACAUUUAAUUGAUUGAGUGGCAAACCCCCAGUUGGUUUGUCAGAGUGCUGUGGUUCCCCUUUUCAUAACGAUAUUGACGAAUCUCUUAAACUGUGCUUGAGGUGCUGUGAGGGUGAUAUUUCUCCUGUUUGGUGGAAGCACCAAUUGCAUAUCUGACAAAACAGCUUCUUUAUGAAGGAAUGUAGUCUGUAAGAUGUUGUCAGGUUCUUUUUUAUUGCCUGCAUCUGGACCUGUCUUUGUGGUUACCAACAACAGACUGAAACAUGUAAGACAUUUUAGGGUUUAAAGUUUGCCUCUAAUGAGAUUUACUAUCUUUACUAAUGUCAUGGAAAAGAAAUCACAAGGUCUCAAGAUCUUAAGUAUUUCAUCCCUGCUGAAAGCACUGAAUAUUCCCUUCACGCAUGCGUAGUUCGAGUAUUUCUACCAAAGUAUUUAAGUAUAUACCAAGUAUUUAAACCAAAACCGCCCUGUACCAUCUGGUAUACAGUGCCACUCUACCAGGAGUGUCUCAGUGUUGUGGGCCGCAAUGAAGGGGGUACCCUUGGAAGAUAGUUGUGCCGCUGCGGGCAUCGCCAUGGACUUUCUCGAGAUUUUAUAGAGUAAAUGUUGCCACCCCCCAUUCAUUGGAUGUGGUCCUUCUCCCAGAGUCCUCUAAUUCUACCCUCUGAGGUUUAUAACCGGAUUCCUCAUGACUUUGCUAGUAUUAGCCAUUCAGUGCUUUAAGCACAGCCUCUGGCGGUCAGCAGGAAUAAAAUAGAACGAAAGUUACGUAUGUAACUACGGUUCUAUGAAUCCUGAAUGACCGCCAGAGCUCAUGUCACUCAGAAUCUUUGUAUUCUCACAUGAAGAGUCUGUAGGGACUGACCCCCUGAUCUUCGGAAGUUAUAGACUCUUCCAGGGCAUCAGGGGUGCAGCGAACACAGUUCAUGGUCUUUAAUAUGUGUAAUAGAGUCAGAAAUUUUAAACCUAGAAUUUGAAUCAAAAAGAAAAUAAAGUGGUUAGCAUUCAUCUUUGAAUGAACAUGGUUUGAUAGAGCUGUCCCUUGUGUCAGAGAAAAUCUGUAGAAAAGUCAAAAUUUUCCAACUGCCUGUUGUCUCAGCCUCUUGUCUUUUCCUGUUACUGUCUUCAACUGUGGCACCAAUUGUUUUGUCAUGCCAGAAGCUGUUGUUGUAAAUUACCAGCUCCGUGUGACUUAAAAUAGCAAUAUUUUUGAGGCUUUAAUUGACCGAAAGACCUAAAUCAUGCAUCAGUACUUUAUUCUCAGUUUAGUUCUGGUUAUGCUUAUUAAGAUGAGGUAUUUAUAAGUGAGAUCAAGCUUCAGAACAAAGAAGAGAGUCUGAAUUUGUCUCUCUGUUGUAGGGAGUUUGUUUUAUUUCAGAAUAGCAAAGAAUAAUCCAACAUUAAAACAGGGAAGUCACUGCCAUCGAGUUUGUACCAGAGCUGUGGUGAAACACAGCCCUUCUUCGUCACAGCCCUGCGUUGUGCCGACACGCGCAUACACUGACCAGAUAUAGAUUUAGUUUUGUCAGCAAAUUGUACAGCUGAAUGAUCAGUGAACAACUGGUGACCUCUGCCAGCACAGACUCAGGUCUGAGGGUGGGCUUGUCCGGGAUUCUUGAGCAGACUUGACGUCUAAUGUAUUCAGUAAUUGUCUUCACUGCCGUGGGUAGAAUUAGACCCACUCAGGGCAGCUAACUGUGAGACAGUUUGAAGAGAACAAGAGUUUUAAGAAACAGCAUUAGUAAGAAGUAAGUAUUUUAUUUAGCUAUCAAUCUCUUUUAUAAACUUUUGUUGUCCAAAAACUCUGAAACACAGUUACAUACAAAUUUUUCACUAGCCGACAUGUUUAUACAUGACAGUGGCUGUGGCUGCUGUAGUUUUUAAGACAUGUACUUGUGUUUCAAUUUUGUCACCUCAGGCUGUCAUUGGAAAGCUUUAUAGGGAAGCUGCUCAUUUAAAAAGAGGAACUGUAUUUUUGGAUAUGUUUUAAAGAUUCUUUAGUGGGAAGGCAGCAUCAAAUCAAAAGCCACAGCCACUUUGGGGAAGUUAGAGAAUAUGUAUGAGCUAAUGAAGUGUCAUAAUAACAAAUUGUUUUAUUUUUGUACACAUCUCAAAACAUUUAAAGUGACCUUAUGAGGCAGAGUUUAGAAAAUAAAACUAACAAUAUUACAGAAAAUUGGUAGAAUUAGCAGGAUAAGUUCAAUGUAGAGAAACAUUGUGAGGGGGAUUUGGGCGACCAGUUGAAAACGAUCAAACUGAACCUGCAAUCUAGAGGGGCAUGUUGUGAAGGGACGUUUGAAUAGUCAAAGAGAGAAAAUCAAAGUUAUGACUGUCUGGUGGGAGUUCUGGUUCAGCCAAGACUUGUGGAUGGACCAAAGAGAAGACUGCUGCAUAAUCAAUGUGGGAUGAGAAUGGGACAUUGUUGAAUAUAAGGGAUGGACGAAACUCCUAACCUGGGGUAAGGGAGAUACAAAAAAGCUAUUGGUGUUAAGGGAAAAAAAGGUCCUGUGUUUUAUCAGUUUAGCUUGAGAGAGUUGCCAGAAAAAACGGGAUUUGAUUUCCUGUAGGGAGUGAGAGAGGGGAACGGGAGGAGAGGUAGGUUUAGGUAACAGGUAAAGCUGACCGCCAACUGCACAGCAAUGGAAAUGGGUGCUAAAAUUAAAACUUGUUGAAGAUGUGGCAAAAAAAUACAGAUGAAUGAUAAAUAGAAGGGGCCCCAGGUCUGAACCCUGAGGAGCACAUUUGCAUUUUGGUUUUCUGGCAUUUUCUGCCAAAAACACUUUUUUUCUCACUGAAACAGCACAACUGAUACAGAUGUUGUGUUGACUAAAGCAUAAACUUUUAUAAGUUUAAGGUUAAUGAGCUUUUCUGGGUGAAGGUCCUAACACACCGGGGCUGACGCGAACAUAGAACAUGAAAUUACAAAAUAUUCAGAGGCGAAUUUUGAUGCGCCUGAGUAUACACAUCAAGCCCGAUGCGAUUUUGCGACUUUCCAGGGGGAAAAAAGACACGUCCCGGGUGGAGGCGAGAAAACUGACAAAACUCCAGACUGACUGUUCUUCAGUUCUGAUUAGACACUAGUGUUGAGAUGACUGUCUGUCAUGAUAGCAUGUACUGAGUCAGGGCCAGUACCAGAUAAGCACAUUAAACUAUAAUCCAUAAACGUAAUGUAACAACUAAGAUCUAACGGUGCUGUGACAGCAACGCGAUUGAGUUUGAGACAGUGAAAAUACAUAUGGUAUGUUGUAUCUGAACAGGUUAGCUUACGAGCUAAAGUUACUUAGCGCAGAUGAAAGUUAAAACAAAGAUGUUUAGCAAACUGUUAAAGCACACAAACCAUCGUCAUAUGAGAAAUCCGACGCUAUAACUCUCCACAAGUUGUCUUUCAUGUCGUUAUCUUUGUAAUAUUUGUGUUUUAUCAAAACGCACUCUGUUCUCCGACAAACAAUCAGCCGGUCGGCCAUGUUGGAUAUACCGGUGAAUCAGACAUCGCAACAACACGCAAUCUGAUUGGUCAGAAGUGGACACACGGCAUGCGAAACUUCCGAACAUGAUCCGAAAAAUUAAUGCCGCAAUAUCGCAGGAUGGGAAAAUGUUGCUGAUGUGAACGCUUGUAUUGACAGGAUACGGUUUUGAAAAAAAAAUUUGACGUCCGAAAUAAUCGCACGAUAAAAACAGUUCCGGUGUGAAAGGACCUUAAGAGCCGAUAUGUCUGCGGUAUGGACGUAAUUCAAUAUAUCUGAGAACUACGGAUAGGGAUUAGCAUAGUGUGUAAUGCUAAAAUUUGCAGACAUUGGGGAAGGUCAACUUCUUCUCACCUUUAUUUAUAACUUUAACAGAAAUCAACAUUGCAAAGCAAACUCAUGCUCAACUCCUGCUCUUGACUGCCUGAAAGUAAACACACUGACGCUACUACCUUUUAGCCGUUUCUCUCCCGCUGACAACACUUCUUCUCUUCAAACUUUUGAGUUAUUUUUGCCUCUGCCUCGUGGGCGCCAACUAAAGGUGUAAACGAAAAAAGAACAUGCAGCAACCACACUAACUCAAAACUGACAUUGCAAUUGCAUAAAUCAAUAUUAAUUUAUAUUUAAUAGUAAUUAAUGUGAAUGUAUACAAUUGCAAUGCCUUGAUUUUAGUAAGAUUAGUACACAGUCAUAGCCAUACAUGCAAUGGUACUAAUAAAUACCAGUUUCUGGCCUCAUUUUCGGUUUCAGCCAAGAAUUUUCUUUUCGGUGCAUCCCUAAUUUCAACUCAGUUUUUCCAUUCUGUAAAUUUCAAAUCAUAUUUAUUGAUGAAACCAAACCCCUCACAUUGUUACCAGGAUUAUAUUAGUAUAUUGUCUGGUUCUGGGGUAUGAAGUUUGACAUUUAAGAAGUACAUAUUUAAAGCCCGCAUCCCUGCAAUAGUUAACUUUUUGUGUCUGAAAUUUAGUGGAAGGGACUUGUUUACAGAUAAGGUCUUAAGUUAACACACAGAGGAAUACUUUAAAUUCUGCUGGGACUUAACUCUGGUCCUUUAUGAAUAGUAAGUUUUGCAUGAAUAUUUUCUGGGGAAAAAAACAUUACGCAAGCCAUAGAGGGAGGGUGCAAGCACUGAAUGUGGUGGGAGGGAGCAGCCAGGGAGGGGAAUGUCAUGAUUUCAUGGUUUAACAUGGUUUUGAAAACACUGAGAAAAUAGUGUUAGAGAAGACUGGAGUUUGAAAAGAGCAACAAAAGUUUAGACUCAAAUCUGAACAGAGCAGUGGGGAUAACUAAAUCUCUCCUUGUUUCCUGCAGCACCCCUGAAGAUGUCAGAGACUCUGUUUGAGGGUUUUGAAAAGAUGGGAAAGAAACAGAACAAGGAGCAGGUACCACCACCAGCAGAGCCAGAAAACAAGAAGCCGUCAUCAAAUAAACCAUCAAAGAAAUCACACUCCAGCAAUACAGCCACCCCCACAACACAGAGGACCCUUGAGGAAGCCUUCAAAGCUGUAAGUAAUGUUUGUAACUCUCAAAUCAGGCCUUUUUUAGAACUUCUUACUGGCUGAGAAAAUGAGAUGUUAAACUAUGUGAAUACUUUGAUUACAGAACUUUUUAUGUGUCGCAGUUUAGAGAUAAAAAGGAAAAAAAAUGAACUAUUUUAACACUAUGAAGAAAAAAUAAAUCUAAUCAUACUUGUAACACCUCUCAGAGCUGCCAAUAUCAUUGUUUAGACAAUGCUGCACUGUGUGAUCUUCAGUACCACCAUCACAUGCUGUAACACGGUUCCAUCUAUCCAUAAUAGACCUGUUGUUUCUGAGUAGACGGCCUUAGUGUUUUCUCCAUCUUGUCCUUUUUUCAGUUGGAUGUUGCAGACCUGAAGCAGCAGUUGGCUCGUAGUCAGACCCUGUUUCCAGAUAACCCAUCAGUGUGGGUCAAAGACCUGGCAGGAUACCUUAACCUCAAUCUGACUGCACCAGAGACUGAGCCCACACUCAGCAGCUACCCUCAUGGUCGGUCACAUUCAGACUUCGUUUUGUUUUAAAGCACUGCAACCUUUCUAAAUACUUAAUCCUGUCAAAAUGCUUUUUCUUCUUUUGCAGAUCCCUAAAAAGAGUAUAAAAAAGUCCCAGACUACUUUAUGAGAUGUGCUGUCAAAAAAUGUCUUUAAAGAAGUAGUUUUGCUUGUAUACAUUCACAAACUGCAAAUCGAAGAGAAAAAAAGAAGGAGGGAUGAGAAAGAGCAAGUUGAGGGAAAAAAGCAGUUAAAUGAAAAGUACAGGGGGUGGAACAAAGUCCCUUUUUACAAAAAAAUGGUGUUAAAUUUGGGAUUGAUGGUCCAAAUAUCCAACAUCACUUAUGCAGAAAUGGCCUAAAUUUUGUUAUCUAGGUCUAAAAAAAAGUCUUGAAUCCAAAUCUAAAAUGUGUGCAACAACCCAGAAUGAAGGCAGUUCUCUUGUCAUUAAAAGAUGGUGCUGAUUUCAUGUCCUCCUUUUUUUUUUGUCUUUUUGUCCCCAGACUACCCUUACUGCCUUACAGGAAAAGAGCUGAAAGGUGUAAUCAAAGGCCUAAUUGGACGUUGCAGUGAAAUCCUGCCAGAUUUCUUCGACCACUGUGUUUAUACUAUGCUCAGGGAGCUGGACAGACAGUCAGGUAUGUGUGGAUGGCUUGUGCUGUAUUGUACUAAAAUGUUUUGAAUCUGCCUACAUCCCACACCAUCCUCCUCAAGAUCACUGUUUUAGACCCUGUAAAGUGUACAAGUAUAUCAUCAUGACCCUAAGAGCUUAAACAGAAUAAUUCUACCUUUUUCACAGGAUAAACUUUAAAUAUAUUUCAAUUAUUGAAUUUCCCUUUGGGGAUAAAUAAAGUUCUCCUUCUAAAAUUAAAUGUGCACAAUGAUUAUUACCACUAAAUUUGAGUUAUCGUUGAAUCAUAGUAACAAAAGUUUCUUUUUUUCCAUUUUGUGCAGCCCUGUUUUGUUUUCCCUUUGGUCAGUUUUGGUUUUACAUCCAUUUUUCAACAAAUGCUGUGCCAUCAAGAUUUUGGGUCAUCCAACAAGUAGUUUUGGUAACACAUCAUUACAAAACCAUGGAGGGAGGGACAGAGGAGAACAAGAGUGUGCACUAUUACACAAAACCAGGGUAAAGAGUUGAUGUGAAACAAGAACCCAGCUGGACUUGCACAAGGACAGUGGUUACAAGGUCAACAUUUUAGACCACAAGGCCACUGGGACUCCAUAAAUCAGUAUUAUACCUUGAUUUGCUCGUGAUGAUAAUAACUAGGGAGUACAUAAUCCAGAUGUGCACAUUAAAAUGUAGCGUUAAUCUCCAUCAUAAACUGGAGACUACAUUUGUUUAUGUUUUUCCAGUGAGAUCAUUUGAAUAAUUUGUUUUUAGGAGAACCCCUGCAUGGCUACAGAGUUUGCAUUCAAGCAAUCCUACAGGACAAACCCAGAAUAGCAACCCAAAACCUGCCAGAGGUGAGUGAGUGAGUGUGUCCUUGAGUCAUGCAGAGAACAGGCAAAUGACAGCCUCCCAUGCUUCUGUCUGCGCUGAAUUGUCCUUCGUGCAGAUUCAAUUUAAUUGUUAGUUGUUCGUUUGAUUUUGUAAGAAUGUGUUGAAACAACCCUGUCUUCCCCCCUUUUUUCCCCUAAAGUAUUUAGAGUUGCUGCGGUCAGUUCAGAAUCGACCAGUGAAGUGUUUGACCAUCAUGUGGGCACUUGGCCAGGCUGGAUUUUACGACUUGAGCCAGGGACUCAGAGGUAAAAGAUUGUCCAACAAUUGCACAAAUACUUUACACACGUUAUUACACAACUAACAAACAAUAUACCCCUUGGGAUGUGUCAACACUUACAGUGUCUGUGCCUGUGCGUUCUGUCCCUACAUUAUGUCCUGGAGUUAAAAGAAGCAGCAGUUCACAUUAGAGCAGUAACACAUUCACCAUCAGCCAUCUGUGAGCUUGAACACAUGCCACCUUCAAAAACUCAGCUGCCACUCCAGAUCUUUGCCUGGUAUUUGGUGAGGCUUUGAGGUGGGAGAGAGGUGGGUGUCAUUAUGUGGGCAUGAGAGAAUAAAUAUUCUUGGAAGAUUAUAUAACAGCCUUCAUCUGUAAAAAAAAAACAAACAAAAAAAAAAACUUUGUGAGCUUCAGUGCCUUGAAGCAUGGAAAGACAUGUUUCUCUUAAUUUAAUGGCAGUUUACAAAACUGAGAGUGAAGAGUCUCCUGCUUAUGGUUUAUGGUAAAGAGUUUCUUCUUUCUCUGAUUCAAGCAGACUUGAAAACGGUAAACAUGCGAAGUACAAAACAACACUUGAACUCUUAACAUCACAGACUUGCGUGCACAUAUCUCUGAGACGAUUUGUCUGUCUUGGAUAACACACUGAAGAAUGCCUGCAGUGCUCAUCCAUACUUCAUGCUAUUUCAGUCUUAACCACUUUUUCUAAUUUUGUUUCACUGUACCUCUUAAAUAAUUAAACCAUGCAGGAAGAGGUCGUGUUUUUCUGCUGCAGUAGCUUGGGGCGUUUGGAAAACAGAGAGCUGUACAGGCCAACAUUUACUGUCAGAACGAAAAGUACAAAUUACAUGAAUAAACUUCUUUAUUUGUGUUGCAGUGUGGCUGGGAAUCAUGCUCCCCGUGCUAGGAGUGAAGGCCUUGUCUUCAUAUGCCAUUGCAUACCUGGAGAGACUUCUGCUGUAAGUGUUCCAGAAAAAUCUGAUCUAUUGAUUUUGCUCUGUGUAAAUACACUCCGGCAAAUUUUGUUCAGUCGUUACAAUUAGGGCUGUCACAACUUAAAAUGAAUUAAACUGUAGAUUAUUCAGUGAAUUAUGUUCUUUUUUUUGUUUUUUACAUAUCUUUAUUGGUUUUUGUAUUCAUACAACAACAUCCGACAGUUUAAACAUACGGCAGAAAUGAAAAUAAUAAUGAAAAUAUGAGUAAUACAGAAAAGCUAAAUAAAUAAUAAAAAAGAUAAAUUAAACCAACAAAUUAGUCAACAAAUUACUAAGCAAUAAAUAAUAAAUACAUAAAUAAUUUAAAAAGUAUAUCUAAAAUAAUAGCAAUAAUAAUCAACUGCUAUUAAUAAUAAUAAUAUUUUUAAUAUAGGUUACAUCGUACACUCCCAACAACAAAUUAAAUAUUUUUCAUUAUUUUAUUCUCACACUAUCUCCUCCAUAUCUCCACCUCUCAACAGUUCCAGAAACAUCUUCCAAAUGUCAUAAAAUUCAGAGGGGGGGAACAAACAUUCUUCUAUUCUAUUCUUUGUGAUUUGAAAGAUAUACUUUAAUACUGAGCUCCAAAGUUUUUGGAUCUCUUCACAUUUGCAGAAACAGUGAAACAAUGUACCCUGGUGAUUUUUACACUUAUAACAUAGAUCAAGUACAUUAGAAUCAAAUUUAUUGAAUUGUACAGGGGAAAUAUAUGUUCGCAUUAUCCAAUUAUAUUGUAUCAUUGUCAAUCGGGUGUUGAUAGUUAGAGGAUGUGUUUUUAAACAUAUCUUACUCCAUUCACUGAGUGAACAUAUUAAACAUAUUUUGCUCCAUUCACUGAGUGAAAUGUCUUCAGUGAAUUACGUUUUUGAUAGAUUUUCACCCUAUAUGAAAUAUUAUCAAAUUGCUCUUGUUGCUAUUCGAAACUCAAAUCGUCUUCAUCUGCCACCACAAAGGACAUGAACAAGCAAAGUCUCUUUAAUUUAAAGACCCAAAUGUUUAAUAUUUUUGAGUAAAAAAUGGCUGAAACAUCCAGAAAUCAAAGUUUACAUUUUAUUUCUGUACUCAUUGUUGUGGCAUCUUGGCACAGUGUCUUUAUUAUAAUUUCAUUAUUUGUGAUAACACUUGUGUCCGAUGUCCUUCCAGGCUUCAUGCAAACCUGACAAAGGGAUUUGGCAUCAUGGGCCCAAAAGAGUUCUUCCCUUUGCUGGAUUUCGCCUACAUGCCCAAGAAUGCCCUGCCGUCAAAGUAAAUAUAACAUAUGGUAUUCUCUGCGACUAGGUCAUGUCAGUUUUUGUUGAUGUUGGUUCAGUGGAUCAAUAAGUACAGGGAGAGAACACACUGAUGGAAAAAAUUGAUGUGGGGAUUUGAGGACAGUGAUUUUUUUUCACCCAGAUUUUUAAUCUCAAAGAACAGAGUGACUGGCUUGUUCUUACUCAUGCACUGAGGCCAUAAUAAGCCAAUUAUAAAGAAUAUUGUUAACAUUUUAUUGUUGGAACAGUUUGAUUUGGGGGGAUUAAUCUCUUCUCACCUAUUUUUUAGAGUGCUGCUCUGUUAGAAAAAGGGAAAUAGCAGACACUUAUGAUGCACUAAGAUGGUUCUGUUUCUGAUGCAUUUCCAUCAGAGUGACUGUUUUCAUGAAGUCAUGAAUCUGUUUGUGUUUCUUUUCAGUCUACAGGCGCAGCUGAGACGUUUGUACCCUCGACUGAAGGUCCUGGCCUUUGGAGCCAAACCUGAGAGCACAUUACACACAUAUUUGCCAUCGUUUCUGUCCAGGGCCACGCCACACUGCCCAGAUGACAUGAAGAGAGAGGUAUACACACACACACAAGAAUGUCGGUGUGGAAGAAUGUUUGAGCAUCUUUUCCUCUUGAAUGCUCCAGCAACAGAAGUCUGGAUGUAGUUCAGCUGCAAAGAGGCAAAGAAGUUAUUCACAGGCAAACGCAUCAUUCAGAACUGAAAUGAUUCAUACCGUGAUAGUUGGCAUAGCAAAUAGUCCACUUGCUUCCCUAAUGAUCAUCAAAUAUCCAAUAUAUUCACAAGCUGAUCAUUUCACUCCCCUUGUUAUCUGGCUAUGGCUGUGUCUCAUUUCAGAGACCGCACCGUCGAACGGCGCAUUUGAAGUGUGCAUGAUGUCAUCACGUGGCGCGAACGGUGUCCCAUUUGGCUCGAAAUGCUGAGCGCACUUCAAAUUAGGUCUCAAAACCACACUACCCCCGCGCCUUUUUCAAGCGUGCAUUUAUGCAUGCUUUCGUGGCCUUGGUAUCCCAGAAUUCUUUUCGUGCAGGUGCACAGCUGCGCAUUUUGGGCGAGAAGCCGGACUCGCUUGGAGACACAGCGCGUCUUCAAAGAAAAUAAAAGAAAUCCAAAAACACAGUCAGCUCAGGCUGCAUGAGCGCAUGAUCUCUUAACUCACUUAAAUCUGCAGCUGAAAACAUUAUCCUCUUUAGAAAAUAACUGAUCUGCUCUGCUACCACAAUCAAAACAUUAGAAAUAAGAAAGCUGCCAAAACUACAGCAGAGGAUCAUUGACACAUCGAGUUUUUUUUUUUUUUAAGACUUAGAGAUUAAAGUUGUAAACUUAGGAGAAUAAAGUCAUAAAGUAAAUAAAGUCAUAAAGCUGCUAUUGUGGAGGGGGAAAUGGCUGAAGCUAGUCGACUGCAGGGUUAUCUGUGGAUACAUCAGCGCGUCAUUCAGAGAGAUUUUGUGGUUUCUGAAGAAACAAUCCAACUGAUGAUCAACAUUUGUGAUCCAGAGGGAGUCGAGCGCCGACGAGCACCAUGUCUCUGACACCAGCGGUAACCUACACCUGCAGAGACACCAACACCUUAUUAUGGCGUAUGGACUCAUAUCAUAAACUAAAGCUCAAUGUCAUUCACGGAUAUUUACGGCUGCAUAAACGGAUAUAUCCUCAGCAUAUUCAUUACUGCCUCCACAAAAGCAGAGAUUCCCUCCAAGUCCAUCUGUUUUGUUUUUUUUCCCCCAUGGAAAAGACGCAUUUCUCAUAUAUUCUUUUUUUAAGUCUUUAUACUUGUGACAAUGUAAUGCUGAUGCGCCAAAGGAUGAAGUAUCUCCUUGUUUGUGAAACCUAUACUGAAGCACACUUCCUUCAAAUGCUCCAUGGCUCUAAUUUUAACAAUUCUCCUCUGAAAUAACAGGUAACCUUACGACUUUAUUCUCAUAAAUUAAUGACUUCAUUCACGUAAAUUCACGACUUAAAUCUCGAGGUCUUAAAAAAAAAUUCUCAAUAUGGCCUCAUACUCCAUACAAAACAUGCAAUCACUGGAUGAAUUUUGUGGAAAUGAUCUGUGCUCGUAUGUAUCUACUGUUUUGUGUCUGUGUAAGGUCACACAAUUAAGAAAUAAAUGCUGCGCUCCGCGGCUUUUUUUCAAGUCAGUCGUGACGCGAGCCUGAGGGCAGGGACAUUUGGCGACUCAACCAGGGAGUCCUCCGAAGGGUAGCCUCUCCCAUUUCACAAAAACCAGACCAUCUCACUCAGGGUACUCAAGUCCACAUAACGGCAGUGUGCUCAGCUAAGCGCGCUUGAGCGCACUCAGCCUGAUGCGGUCUCUGAAAUGAGACCGCCCUAUAAUUCAGCACUUUGGAAUCUGCUUCGAUUGGUUUAGUCUGAACUACUUUAAAAACACUCCAAAUGUGCAGGUUUCAUUGUUAAUGUAAUCCAGCUGAAAAGCAAAUUUAAGAGUACAAUGUUGUUUUUAAUCUAUUCUGCUAUUAAACUGAUUAACAGUCACAACAAAUCAAUGGUCUCCAAAACUGAGCGUAAUGUCUUGCAUCUCAUUUCUCCCUCCCUUUGUUUUUGGUUUGCAGUUGCUCAGCAGUAUGACGGAGUGUUUGUGUGUGGAUGUUCAGAGUCUCGGAGUGUGGAGGCAGCUCUAUACCAAACACUUAGCACAGUCUAGGUGAGUUAAUUCUCUUUUUUCUUUUUAAGUGUAACAAAGAAAGGGCCAUUACUUUAUAUUUAAAUCAGGUAAAUGUACGGAUUUCAGCUGUCCUGUUAACUGACGGAUGGAUUGGUUUUUUCCCCCGCAGUCUGCUGCUGAACCAUUUAUUAAAAUCCUGGAAUAUCCUGCCACCAAAGGUAAGACUCCUGCCAUAUUAAUUCCUUCAGGAUAGUUGAGUUGAACUAUGAUCUCUCUAGAAAGGUUUUAGGUCUCUUUUUUUUUUUUUUUUAAUAUAUAUAUAUUUUUUUUUUUUUUGCAUGUUCAGCUCCGGAAAAAUCUUGAAGAAACAGUCCAGUCUUUUAGGGUGACGAAUGAGGAGAUGAAGGAAACCAUAGAAUCUCAGGAACUUCAGGAUUGCAAUAAUCUGUGCCAGGUGAAACAUAUCAAUAGUGUAAAAGAUGAAAUUCGUCAAAGAUCAACACUUGAUCAAAGAUCAUGAGUGAUUGCUUUCCUGUCUCAGAAUUUGCAGAUAAAGAUGCGCGGUCGCGGCUUCCCCUGGUCCAAACUGCUCAUGGUUUUGCUCGUCUUUGCUGCUGGUUUCAUCGCUCAUGACAUCAGAUCCCAGGGCUCCUUUGCAGGUCUGACUUUGUCUUGUUUUUCUCCUCGCAUUCACUGGCCUUUCUUCAUAACAUGGCUGGCUGUAUACGCGCAGCUUUUUGUUUUUGAGCUCUUACAUUUUGUGUUGUAUGUUAUCAGAUUCCACCACAGCCAGACAUCUGCAUAACUCGGGAAUCACAGCCGUAUCUCAGCAAGCCUGGGGAAAAAUAACUGUCUACUCCAAACAGGGCUUCAGGUACACCUUCAAACAUCAUUCAUACCUUCUAACACUUCCAGCCUAUGUCAGACGCCAGCUGAUAACUGUCUCAACCUCUUUGAUUUAAUUGUUUGUGUUUCUUUUUCUCUGCAGCUGGUUGGAAACAAAUACCCCUUAUUAUUACUCUGAAUGCGUGCGGGUUUUGGGGCCAGUAAUGGAAAAAGGUUUAGAAAAGGCAAAAACGGCAGUCACCUUCAUCUCUGAAAACACAACACAUUUUAUUCUGUGGGUCAAAGAAAAGGCGCCGCUUGCAAUAGAAUGGGUAAGACUUUACACAAACAAAAUUUUACCUCUUGAUGUUUAAUAACUGUCAGAACAUUUUAUGAAACUGUAUUUUAUCCUGUCAGAGACCGAACAAAGGUAAAUCAACUUAAAAUGUCACUCUGUCCUCUUGUGUCUCUGUUCAGGUAAACAAAAAUACCCCAGACAGUGUGUUCGAGUUUUUGGCAUAUAUAAGGGAGCUCCUCCUGCUCCUCCAUCAGAACUACAUCCUACCAGCCCUGGCCUAUAUAUCUGAGCUGCUACAAAGAGCAUGGACCAACUUACAGGACUCCUGCAAGUCAGUGCUUAAUGCAUCCCUCUUCUCUAUGGUUCUGUCUUUGCCCUUGCAGUUCACCACAAAGGGAUAUGAGUACAAAGUCACUAAGACAGCUGUAUUUAAUUGAGCUUGUUCGUAUGUGACCUGCUGAAACCGGAAGGUCCAGAUAAAAUAAGCUCCACACAUCUUACCUGACACUUAAUUUAAAUGCUUUUUAAUGACAGGCUAGGAUACUUAAAAGGUGCAGUGUGAAGACUUUUGAGGCUUUCAGCUGAACAGACUUGAUAAAAGUAGAAUAUAGUACAGAUGGGCAUGUUUUAAAUAAGUGCAGAAUCACCUAAAUGUCAAAGCUUUUGUUGUCAACUAAAAAUGUGGCUUUUAAAUCCGCAGAAGAAAUGGGUCUGUCCACAGAGGGCGCUGUAUUGCAUGUUUCCACAGUAGCACAGAGUGUAUGAACUCAUAGGUGUAAGAUUUAGGUUGAGGGAAAAUGGAAGUACCUUCAAAGUGUUUGAAUUUUACCCUAAAAACACUAAGACCUCAGCCUCUAAUGGAUGCAUCCCAACACAAAAACUGCACUCAGUGUUAACUGACACUAACUUAAAAGAAAUUCUACGAUCUUUCUGUGUUUUCCUGCAGUGGCGAGGUGUCGGUAUCAUGUCUGCAGGAGCAUGUCAUAUCCUUCACCAACUCAACGUGGCAGCUGCUCCAACAUACAACUUCGGCCAUCAAGACCUGGGCUCAGGAGCUCCUAACACGAGCAUGAUAAGAGAUCAUUGGAGACAAAGACUUAUUUACACUCAUUUUACAUACACACAAAUAAAGUUAUACACACACACACACUUACUGACCCAAUUUGAGGCGGCCUCUCCAAGUGCCAGCUCUCCUCUCAAGUUGUGAUUGGACACUGUGGGGUCAGACAAACAAAGUCACUCAAAAAAGACCCUUCUAUCUCUUGUUUUGGCUAAAUUUUUAGAGUCCAUUUGCUGUUGUAAAAAUGUUGUUUUUCUACCAAUCUUUUUGUCACUGCUGGAUGCAGAGGUAGUUUUCUCUCUCUCUAUCCCUGAGUUUUCUACAGCAAAUGUCAGCUAUUGCGUUAACCUUUUGGGUUAAACAAACUGUGUAAUUUAUAGAAAAUGUAGGUUUGUAGAUGAUUUAUAAACCAUUUCUAUUUAAAGAUAUAAAAAAAAAGUGUUAUGUAAAAACUUGGUAAAAGGGCAGGGAAAAGACCAAAAGACAUAUUCCAGACUUCUCAAAGCCACUGAAGACCUCAUCAGCUAAAAUUUUCUUCAUCUUCCAAUCUUUGUCCAACUCACCGUGAAGUCAGUUGCGGUGGUUUUGUGUAUGUGUGUCAGAGGCUUGUUAAUGGCAGACCUUAAACAGGAAAGAUAUUGUGGAGAAAGGACCAUCGGCUGGUUUGACUCCAAAAAAACAAGUGGGCAGCGCAACACAAAACAGGAUCCAAGGAGUCACACAAGAAUCAAAAAGUUCCAGAAAAAGAAGAAAUUAAUUUAAGUCUUGUCUAUUGUGCACAUUUUGUCUUUGCUGCUUCGUGAUCUGUCAACUGUUUCUCUUACUUUUUCAUUUGCAAUCAGUUCCUCAAACCAGAGCUUAAGCAGAGCUGCGGUCAUUUAUUCAUACUUGAAGGCUGAUGAUAUUCUGUGUGUGUAUGUUAGUGUGUGAUCCCUAAGUGGCUCAACAAAGUAAUUCUUAGUAAUGGGAUCAUGAUUAACCCUGUGCCAAUGUCUUUCUGUAUGCUGAAAUAUGAAGAAAAAAAAGAAUAAACCUUUCCACUGGUCAUGGCAAACAAUUUAAACAAGCUGAUUCAUUAGACUCUCCUUCUAAAUAAGAUAUAUGGAUGGAUGGAAGGAUAUGGCAAUGACAUGUCUUACUUUGUAAUGUAAAUGAUUUAUAAUAAAGACUUCAACCCUA